CUUUGAGCGAACCAAAAACCAUUUGGAAGAAAGAAAUGAGGAGAGAAGAAAAAUGGAGGAAACCACCUUUCAUUGCUCGGGUUAGAGUAAACGAGGGGUCCGGAAGCCAUCUACGGAGUCAGAAUUCAGUUUGGAGGUUGUUAGAAGUUUCGUCGGAGCUUCGUCGGCGUGUCACCGGAAUCUGGAAAUUUUUGAAAUUCGGCGAAACUUCAAAAGGUGAAUAUGGUUGCGUAGAGGGCGAUCUCAGGAGCGUCAUCGUGUCGACAAAAUCGAAUUCGGACGUCGGAUGAGGGAGAACCGAGCCUCCGAACUUUGAGCAAAAAUCUGUCAAAUCCAGUUCGUUCAUUUGACGUCCAAACGACGAACCGUUUUCACCUACAGGAUCGUGAGAACGAGGAGAAUAUUAUGAAACCAAGAUCUGGAAUUUCCAGAGCUUUCACAGAAUCGGAUUUCGUCAUAAAUAAGGUGUGUGGGCUUACGGUAAAAGGGAACCGGAAUUACGUGUUUAUUUCUAAAUACGCAUGAUUGAGUUGAUGAUUAUUGAUUAUGAU